UAUGAAAAAUAGACAAUUUUGUAGACAUAUUAUUUAUUUGUCAUUCUUGAGAUUGAAUUGACUCAUACUUCUGUAUCCAAACUGUGUAAGAUUUUUAACAGUAUUAAUUAAUGUCUUUAUCUGCAGUAGCAUAUUAUUUGCAACGAAUACAAUCCGGUCAUAUAAACCUCAAGUAAUGCGAAAAACAUGGCAUCGUUUAGCUAUAAAGUUUUACUAUUGAUUUUGUGUACUUUUACGCUUGCGCACUCAGAACGCCUCCAUGAACAAAUAUAUUCAUCAAUUGAAGGAGGUGCUGCAUGUUUCAGACGUCUUAAUGGGACACAUCAAGCUGGUUGUUCUUCUGCAGACAAUGGAGCUGUGGGGGUGGUUCACAUGAUUAAGGAAAUUAAUGAUGCGCAGUGGCUUGUACAAAAUGGUUCUGCUGGACCCUACAUGGCAGUUGUGAGCACUGUACAGUUUUAUGAUGUUAUUGAGAUAUUCAUGCAGCAGCCCGAAAAUGUUGCUGGAAUAUUACUCUAUGACAAUGCUACAGAUAGCCCCACAGCAUUUAGUCAGGAGUCCAGAUGUCCAAAUGAAUAUUCUUCAGCCUCAGGGAGCACAUGUUCAUCUACAGUAGCUGGUGGCAUUGUGUGGAAUACCAAGGGAACUGGAUUGUUACGAAGGGAUAUCCCCUUCCCAAUAUUUUAUUUACCACAGUCAAAAUCAGAUGAAAUUGAUAAAAUCCAAUUGUGCUAUGAGAAGUUUAAUCUAGAUAAGAGUAAUCAAAAGGGCAAUCCAUUGUGCUCCUUACAGUUGAAUUCCUUUAUGUUUGCCGCAGUCAACAGUGAAGUAUGUUUAAGAAGGUCUGCCUCAUCAGCUCUACUAAACCCUACAAAAGUUUGUGAUCCUCUAGGAGACAACAAUGUCUACUACUCACUAUUUCCUAGGACUGAGGAAACCAAGAGUUCAAAACCUGUCACACUAGUCACAGCAAGGAUUGACACAGCUUCUUUAUUUGAUGGAGUGUCUCCUGGCGCUGCUAGUUCAGUGGUAGGCAUGGUUACAUUGUUAACUGCUGCUACAACCCUCUCUCAGUUAAUUCCCGCCAAAGAUGCCCAUCUUUAUGAACAAAAUGUGUUAUGGACUCUAUUCAAUGGCGAAGCAUUUGAUUACAUCGGAUCUCAAAGGGUUGCUUACGACAUCAGCAAAGGCAUGUGGCCGGCAGCCGCUCCGCUCUCACCGGCCGAUAUCCGAUUGCACGUAGAGAUUGGACAAAUUGGAGGAGCAUUAUCCAACACCAAUAAUGAUAGUUCUUGGCCAUUCCAUGCAUUUGUGCCUUACACCAAUAUUAUACCAGAGAUAAAUGAAUUUUUGGACAUGAUGACAUCUAACGCUAAACCAUAUAACACACCAGUGAUUACUCCUGAGUUUACAAUGAAUUUGCCGCCAUCAUCGCUUCAUUCAUUCCGUCGAAUUCUCAAAAAUGUAACUGAGAGUGGCGAACUACCUGAAGUUUUAUUAGCUGAUCAUAGUAACACAUUUACUAAUUUGUUUUACCAUUCAGCAUUAGAUGAAUAUGGAAAAAUUUACUUUAGUUACAAGAAUUUGACCAUAAGCAACACUGGAGUGUUUAUAUCAACCGAUGAACUUCUGGCGAAUGGUACACUGAAGCAAGGUGAUCCGCAAGUGAAGAUAGCUCGACUCGCAACUACUUUAGCUCGUACACUCUAUCAAACAGUAACAGGAUCGGCUUACAGUGGCAAUAUUUCGGCUUCAGCACAUUUGGUAGACGAGAUGCUGUACUGUUUCCUACAAAGCCAGGCGUGCCGCUUGAUAAUGGCGGCGGACUACGCGUCGGGCGGCGGCUCGAGCCCGCCGGCGUCGGCCGCGCCGCUGUACGUGGGCGUGGCGGCGUGGGCCGGCACCGCGCCCGUGUUCGCCGCGCACCUGCUGGCGCUGCUCACGGGCGCGCAGCUGCCCGCCAACAGGACCGUCUGCGACUCGCUCGCCGAGCCUGGUUUCUCGUACUAUUGGCUUAGAGGUUGGAAUCACAGCGGAGUAUGUAUCCAGACGACAAUGAACAUGAGCGCUGCUGUCAGCCCUGCUUUUGCUAUAACAGAUUAUGAUCUGAAGUCGGGUGUAUACUCAUCGUGGACGGAGUCCGUGUGGCAGGCGAUGUCCGCGCGCGUGUUCGUGAGCGCGGGCGGCGGCGGCGCGGGCGCGGCCGCGGCGGCCGGCGCCACGGUCACGGUGUUGGCCGCGCUGCUCACGUACUGGCUGCAUCGACAUGCUGACCGAAUAUUCGCCGCACCCGCAGCCUCCAUAGUCAACGAUGAUGCCGCUUCAGGAAUCCUGAGAACAGUCAACUGUUGAAAAGAUAUUGUAAUAUAAUUAUAAGGAAAGAAGACUGUCGCGUAUGUGAGAAAAUCGUGUAGAUGCACUGAGUUUGUCCGAGUGAUUUUUUGUAUCAUGAAAACAUUCCAUACUUUCCUAAUAAAACUAAUACAUGAAAUAAAAUUAAAUGCUCCUACAGUAUUAAU